CAUUGUUAUUCGUCAGUUAUGUUUAAAAAAUGAAAAAUAUCUUAACCUGUGGAUUCACGUAUAAUCUUAUAUCCUUCAGCUAACAAUUCUCAUCAAUGUUGCGUAUACUGCAAAAUAUUAUGAAAACGGAAUAAAGGUAAAAAUAAUGGAUCAGUUGCUCAGUGACGCUAAACACCUUGUUCAACGGUUGAAUGCGCAAGAAAAUAUUUUUGAUUCUGUUAUUAGUGAGACAAUCACUUUGCAAAGACGUCUUUCGAUGAUGAAGCAAUAUCAUGAUGAAGUAAGUCGAAUGAAUGACCUUGCAAAUCAUAGACCGCGAUGUACACUAAUUCUUGGAAGUUUAGUUGAAAAUCAAAAAAUUCAAAAUCUUGAGCAAGAAAACAAAGAAUUAAGCUUAUCGUUGGCUGAGCACCAAUCUGCAUUAGAACUCAUUAUGAACAAAUAUAGAGAACAAGUUCUUAUCAUGAUGAAACUAAACAGUAGCCAAAAGGUUUGCCAUAAUAAUGUAUGUUUAGAAACAGAAGUUAAAAUGAGAGAAAAGAUUUCCGAAAUGGCUAAUGUUAUGCGUCAGUCAGCAUUAAUAGAUGAUAGCUUAGCAAGUAAAGAGAUUGAGGUUAUAAGAUGCUUACAAGUUGAAAAUGAAAAUCUUCGCGAGCUGCUUCAAAUAAGUGGUAAAAGCUAUCAAACAUAUUUUCCUUCUUCUUCAUCAAAUGAAUUGUUUAAUAGUACCAAUUCUAGUAGUUUAUCUUUAAACAAAAGCAACUUAUUCGACCACGAUAUUUUGAGUGAUACUUCCUUUUUAAAAAAUAAAGAUAGUGGAAUUUUUGAAAAUGAAAUAGUAGAUUCUAAUUCAAAUAAAGAUGUUGUUCUUCCGAAAAAAUCAAAUAACUUUUAUGAUUUUCACAAUAGUCUUGAACAAUUAAAUAUUAACCAUGAUAGUAAUUUUAAUAUGGAACUUCGGUCACAUCUGGAUGAAGAGCCAACUAUGAACUGUUUUCGUGCAAUUAUAACAAACAUUCAACCUUUAGAUGUCUCCAAAGAUGAGUCUUCUAAUAAUUCAGAAGUCUCUAUGAUGAAUUCAAAUAAUUUAUCAGACGAUGUUUUUUCAGAAAACCAUGAUAGUUACAAUUUUCUACCAAAAAGAAAAAAGCAUUUAAUAAAACAAUCUUUUAAAGAAACAUUGCAAAAUUCAGAUAACCCGCUAGCUUAUCUCUUUACUCAAACAGAAAAAAAAAAUGAACUUGUUAAAAAGGAUUGUGUACAAUUAAAUGAUAUACAUUAUGAAUCCGAUGCUGAUUCAGAAUUAACUUUUGUUGGUGAUGAUAUUGAUGCGGCAUUAUCUGAACUUGAUUCCAUUGUUGACAAUUCAAUUUUUCUAGAAGAUGAAGAUAAUUUCUGAAAUCCAAAAGGAUUUGAAAUUAAUAGUGGCAAUAUAAAUGAUUGUUUAGAAUGCUCCAAUUUUUUUAAAUUUUUUUUAAAAAAGUUUGUUUUUAAAGAUGACAUUAACAGUGUUGUAAUAAUGGUAACUUUUGACUUUUAAAAAUUUUGGAUUUUCAAAAUAUCAUUAUAAUAAAAAAUAUAAUUGUUAUUUAUCAGAAUAUAUAUAUUUUUAUGAAUUUACUUAGUAAUUUUAUAUAUAUACACUUUAUUUGUAGCGUUUACACACAUUACUGCAGUAU